GUGUUUUCUUAGCCAUAUAUAGGACCAUGUGUAGAUAGUCCAGGAGUUCUGUUGGAUAGACAGUCGAUUGGCUCCAGGGCUGCAACCCUCUCUCUCUCUCUCUCUUUUUUCUCUCUCCCUCUACCUUCUCUCUCUCUCAAGAGAACGAGCGGAGAUAUAAAGCUCUCCCCGGAACAUUUCUCUCCGUUUCUUUAGUGGUACUGAGCACCUGCCUGUGUCAAAAUGAGUGACACUCUGCUGGAUGAUGGGUCCUUCAUGUUCACUUCGGAGUCUGUCGGAGAGGGACAUCCAGGUGAGUGUUCACCUGGCUGUAUUUUACCUUCUCUUUACCUACUCGAUAUCUACCUGCUCUCUCUCUACCUGCUGUCUCUCUACCUGCUCUCUCUCUACCUGCUCUCUACCUUCUCUAUCUCUACCUGCUCUCUCUCUACCUGCUCUCUCUCUACCUGCUCUCUAUCUACCUGCUCUCUAUCUACCUACUCUCUCUCUCUACCUGCUCUCUACCUGCUGUCUUCCUGCUCUCUAUCUACCUACUCUCUAUCUACCUGCUCUCUACCUGCUGUCUUCCUGCUCUCUAUCUACCUGCUCUCUCUCUACCUGCUCUCUACCUGCUGUCUUCCUGCUCUCUAUCUACCUGCUCUCUCUCUACCUGCUUCUCACUGCUGUCUCUCUGCUCUCUAUCUACCUGCUCUCUAUCUACUGCUCUCUCUCUACCUGCUCUCUCUCUCUACCUGCUCUCUAUCUACCUGCUCUAUCUCUUCUGCUCUCUACCUACUCUCAAUCUACCUGCUCUCUAUCUACCUGCUCUCUCUCUACCUGCUCUCUAUCUACCUGCUCUCUCUACCUGCUCUCUCUCUACCUGCUCUCUAUCUACCUGCUCUCUAUCUACCUGCUCUCUCUACCUGCUCUCUCUCUACCUGCUCUCUCUAUACCUGCUCUCUCUCUACCUGCUCUCUCUCUACCUGCUCUCUCUCUCUACCUGCUCUCUAUCUACCUGCUCUCUAUCUACCUGCUCUCUAUCUACCUGCUCUCUUUCUACCUGCUCUCUCUCUACCUGCUCUCUUUCUCUACCUGCUCUCUCUCUACUUGCUCUCUACCUGCUCUCUAUCUACCUGCUCUCUAUCUACCUGCUCUCUCUCUACCUGCUCUCUAUCUACCUGCUCUCUAUCUACCUGCUCUCUAUCUACCUGCUCUCUCUCUCUACCUGCUCUCUCUCUACCUGCUCUCUAUCUACCUGCUCUAUAUCUACCUGCUCUUUAACAGUACUCCCACUUCUUUAGCUGUGGCCCCACAUCCAUAGCCUGUACAUGUCGUAUGUAGUGUGAAUAGUUACUCAGUGUAUAUAGCACCAGGUCAAUCAAUCAAUCAAAUCAGGUGGGUGCAAUUCAUUAUCAGGCAGGACAAAAAAACAGCAUUAGUCCGGGCCUCGUAGGGUAGCAUCUGAAUACCCCUGGUAUAUAGUAUGAUAUAAAAGAUGAGAUAUAAAAUAAAAUACAAUUAGACAGAAUUUAACACAAUGUGCAUAUAAAUGAAAGCUGAAUACAGACAAAAUCAUACAUUUCUGCUCAAAAAAUGAUUUCCGUACUGAUGUAGAAACAGUUGGUGCUCUAGAACAGAGACAGUAUCUAACCAGGCACUGUAAGACCCUGGACGAAGUUGCAGCUGUUAAUCUGUCUGUGCUUCUGGAACACACACUUACACAUUUGCUACGAGAGCAAAUGGAUGAUAUUCCAAUGAUAGACUACUCCCAUAGACAUGGUGUUCAAGGGCUCUGGCAGACAUGACCAAGGAGAUGCAAAACAAAAAAAAAAAAAAAAAACUGGGACGCGCGAGCUCAAGAAGAGAGAAGAAAAAAAAAAAAAAAAAAAAAAAACAAAACCCCCCCCCCACCCCCACCCCCCCCCCCCCCCCCCCCCCCCCCCCCCCCCUCUCUCUCUCGUCUGCUCUCUAUCUCUCUCUCUUCUCUGUUCUCUCUCUCUCUCUCUCUCUCUCUCUCUCUGUCUCUCGCUCUCUCUCUCUCUUUCUGAGGGGGAUGAUGAGUAAAGGUCUGGUGUAGAGUUGCAUGGCUGAGAGAGCGUGGGAGAGAGAGUGAUGUGUGUGUUUGUAAUGUUACUGUUUGAUUUGGCUGUAAUUGUAACGUGUGCAUUCUGAUACAGCAACCAACCGGUCUGAUGUCUCAUACAUCCCGCCCCCUCCAACCAAGUUAAAUUCACAUCCAAUCAGAAGUGCUAAAACCUACUCUGCCCUCUGAGCUAUAUUUACCAAACUGGUCUGACCCUGUGUUGACCCUCUGCUGACCCUGUGUGUGAGAAUACCUCCAGAACACUGUCAUACACAUAUACAAAGACGUAUACAUACCCUCACAGAAACACAAACUGUAAUACAAAGAUGCUGAUCGAGAAAUGUAUGAGAAGUUACUUACUAUUGAGAUUGAGCAAUAGAGUUAUCAGUACAGUGUGUCCGUUUCCAACAUGUGCUCAGUCAACUUCGUAAAAUAAGGGUUGAAUAUAAAUAAAAUAAUAAUGGGGAACCUCUCAGAAACACAGAAAAGGCGUUUCCAAAUGUUUUCCAAAACAUCUGUUUCAGAGAGAAAACUCUUCAGACUAGGCACCUUUAUUAGUUAUCUUCAUCCCUUAGAAAUGAGGCCCAUUAUUUGGCUUGGCAGUACAUCUCUCCUCACACACACAUUAGACUGGAUGCCCAACACAAAAUGCAUAGUCACCUCAGGAGAACAAUGCUACACCACUGAAGCCAAACCCUGAGAUAAGAACACAUCAGGCCAAGUCGAGGAGAAAUACAACUGAAAUUGUUACAACAACAAAGUUUGGCCUAUAUUUCAUUUUUAUUUCUCUGUGUUCUCAGAAGCCUGUUUUCUGUCUUAAAGCUAGAAUCCUUAGUUGCUACAUCAAUUUUUGGACUUAAAUUGAUUCUUGAAGAAUAUAACUUAGAAAUGCCUCAUGAGCUUAGUUUAACUGUUUUACCCCAUCAGAACCCAAAAUAGAAGCUUGUUUUACCCCAAUGCUUGUAAAUAAUGUAAAUGUAAACAAACACUGUAAAGUCUCAAAACAUGGUUAAAACUGAAAUGUUUAUAUAAUGGAUGGUCAGUCCUUGCAUCCAUAGCUCUGUCUAUGAAUUUGAGUGGUUACAUUUCUCCAGGCCCAAGCCUCAGCUUUUCUCAAUUAGGAAUACACAAGGAAGAGUCUCUCUCUCUCUCUCUCUCUCUCUCUCUCUCUCUCUCUCUCUCUCUCUCUCUCUCUCUCUCUCUCUCUCUCUCUCUCUCUCUCUCUCUCUCUCUCUCUCUCUCUCUCUCGCUCUGUCUCUCUUCUCUCUCUCUCUCUCUCGCUCUGUCUCUCUCUCUCUCUCUCUCUCUCUCUCUCGCUCUGUCUCUCUCUCUCUCUCUCUCUCUCUCUCUCUCUCGCUCUGUCUCUCUCUCUCUCUAUUUGAAGGAAAGCCACCAGGUUCUCUGCUACAGUGCACCGUUGGCUUGGCCUUGAAGACAGGGUUUAGUACACACCAUUCCAUCUGAUAACAACUAUGAGGUCUGGACUGUUCCCACACAUGGUGGAAACUGGUUCGGCCUGCUUCUGUCCAAAUUGGAAGACCUAGCAGAGCUACAAUGUUACAUUGCAUUGCACUGAAGAAUGUUAUAUCCAGUGGGGACAUGUACCCAGCUUUGUCCACUGGGUACAUGGUUGCUUUGACAGGACAGUAGCUAGUUGGCCGAAGCAGACACAACUGACACCCAGACAGUCUUAAUCCUUUUAGAAGUCUUUCCAAGCUAUUGUUCCAAUGUUCCAACUGUUCCACUGAUAAUCAACAUCAUAGUAGUAUAAUAUUAUAGUCCAUUUAAAAAUAAUAAUAAUCUCAGCUGAAAUUGUAUUGCAUAAUUUAGCCUGCCAGGCCUGGGAUAUCUGGGAUUUUUGUGUUGUUUCUGAUACAACACAUGCUACACGUUGCUUCAGUGGUCAGAGCAGAUGAAUGCAGGGGAUGGUAGCAUUGUUCUACAGCUGCUGUGCAGUGACACUGUGACAGUUUGAAAUCCCACUGGGAACUGGAAUGAAGCCCAAAAAUUCCCAACAUUCCCAACACUUUCCCCACUAGAUCUGCAAUAUUAAUUUGAUCACUCUGUUGCCACAUUUUCCUGCGCAGAAGGAAAUGCAAAUUGUAGUGUAUUAAAGAUUUUAAAAGGCUUCUAAAGUUUGUCAUUUCUACUUUAAAAUGUCAGACUUGAUUUGCCCUGACAAAAAAUGUAUCAACCCCUACAAAAAUGUCCAUGAAUUAUAAUCCACAUAAUAAUUCACAUUUCCUGUUGCUGCAGGAUUAUUUUCCUGCUGUGAGAAGCAGGGUCAAAUUAACAUAGCGUAUCUGUACAGUGCAAACUGGACUUCUCCCUGAACCAAUAAUGUACUGUAAAUCAUGCACCAACUCCUCAAUCCUACAUAAUGCAUUUAGCCAGUUACAAUUCGAGUCAAUCCUUCAUGCAGCAUACUGUAUAAGCCUACAUUCCUACAGAGCUGUUUGACUGUGUGUGGUGUGAAAAACAUUGGUUGUGAAAAAUACUGCUCUUUUGUACUCUGGGAUUAUCCCAGCAAAAGGAAUGUGUCACUUUUUAAAGAUUUCACAAGUUCAAUGGGUACAAUCCUGUUCAUGAGGAAAUUAUUAAUUCGCAUCACGCUCAAAUACACUUUGUUUCAGUGUGCUUAUGAUUCAAGCCAAGUGCUGGGUGGCGGGCCUCACUCUAAAGACUCAUUCAUUUACUCUUGUCCUCUUUCUAUCCUUUGUUCUUUUCCAGACAAGAUCUGUGACCAGAUCAGUGAUGCUGUCCUGGAUGCUCACCUGAAGCAGGAUCCAAAUGCCAAGGUUGCCUGUGGUGAGUGAGAGUGGAGGGACACAUUUAAAUUAAACCCACAGAAUAACAAGAUGUUUAAGGAGUGAGGGCCCCAAACGUUGGAAUGUAACAUACAGAAUCACAAGGUUGCUUGUGUUGGGGGACACAUUUAAAUGAAAUACAGAAUAUAACGUUGCUUGUGGUAAAUGAGAGGGAAGGGGACACAUUUAAGUGAAACACACAGAGCAACAAACAAUGGCAAUGUCCCAAAAGCAUUUCACUUUUUAUUCCUACUGAGUUCUGUCUAAAGCUAGCACUUGUUUCUACUUUGUUUGAACUCAAACCCUUUCAUAUUCUCUUACAUAACUUCUUAACUUCCAAGAAAUAACUCAAAGAAAUAAGCUUAUUAGAACAGUUGGGACACAACACAUAAGAAACCCACUGAUGUGAUGAGUGUGAUAGAAGGAGUCAGGCGCAGGAGGGUAAUCACCGAAUGCAGAGUUUAUUCCGUCGUACACAAAUAGCGCUGGAUAGCGACAAACGAAACAGGCACAGGGGAAAAUCUACCCCAGCAAUAACAAGGUACGAGUAGCUCCACCGAGCUACACUACUCUCACAAAUAAACAAUCACCCACAAGGACAAGGGGGCAGAGGGAACACUUAUACACAGACUAAUGAGGGAAUAAGAACCAGGUGUGUGUGAUUGACAAGACAAGACAAAUGGAAUGAUGAAUAAUGGAGCGGCAGUGGCUAGUAAGCCGGUGACAACAAACGCCGAAGCCUGCCCGAACAAGGAGGGGUAUAAAGUGUAAUGGGUUUUUAUAACAUAGGUAUAAAGUGUCAUAGGUUGUUAUAACACAGUUCUAAAGUGUUAAUGGUUGUCUUCACCCUGUGUAGAGACGGUGUGUAAAACUGGCAUGGUGCUGCUAUGUGGAGAGAUCACGUCCCGGGCCAACGUAGACUAUCAGAAGGUUGUCAGAGACACCAUAAAACACAUUGGCUAUGACAACUCAGACAAAGGUGAGAAACAGGCUUCUGUUGUAUGUUUUCUACUGAAACUGAUUUGUCUAUAUGCAUACUGUAGUGUAGGAAGCACAAUCUAGGGAAUCAGAAACAUAGAGGGGUAAUCAUGAUGACUCAAUUCAAUUCAAUUCAAUUUCAAUUUCAAUUCAAUUUAAGGGCUUUAUUGGCAUGGGAAACGUGUGUUAACAUUGCCAAAGCAAGUGAAGUAGAUAGUAAACAAAAGUGAAAUCAACAAUAAAUAUUAACAGUAAACAUUACACUCAGAAGUUUCAAAAAAAUAAAGACAUUUCAAAUGUCAUAUUAUGUAUAUAUACAGUGUUGUAACAAUGUGCAAAUAGUUAAAGUACAAAUGGGAAAAUAAAUAAACAUAAAUAUGGGUUGUAUUUACAAUGGUGUUUGUUCUUCACUGGUUGCCCUUUUCUUGUGGCAACAGGUCACAAAUCUUGCAGCUGUGAUGGCACACUGUGGUUUUUCACCCAGUAGAUAAGGGAGUUUAUCAAAAUUGGGUUUGUUUUCGAAUUCUUUGUGGAUCGCUGUAAUCUGAGGGAAAUAUGUGUCUCUAAUAUGGUCAUACAUUUGGCAGGAGGUUAGGAAGUGCAGCUCAGUUUCCACCUCAUUUUGUGGGCAGUGUGCACAUAGCCUGUCUUCUCUUGAGAGCCAGGUCUGCCUACGGCAGCCUUUCUCAAUAGCAAGGCUAUGCUCACUGAGUCUGUACAUAGUCAAAGCUUUCCUUAAGUUUGGGUCAGUCACAGUGGUCAGGUAUUAUGCCACUGUAUACUCUCUGUUUAGGGCCAAAUAGCAUUCUAGUUUGCUCAGUUUUUUUGUUUGUUCUUUCCAAUGUGUCAAGUAAUUCUCUUUUUGUUUUCUCAUGAUUUGGUUGGGUCUAAUUGUGUUGUUGUUGUUGUUGUUGUUGUUGUUGUUGACUCUCUGUCUCUCUUCCUCUCUCUUUCGCUUCCUCUCUCUCACCCUCUCUCUUUCUCUUUCUCUCGCUCUUCCUUUCUCCCUCCUCUUGCUCUCCCCAGGUUUUGACUAUAAGACGUGUAAUGUGUUGGUGGCUCUGGAGCAGCAGAGUCCAGACAUCGCUCAGGGUGUCCACAUCGACAGGAAAGAGGAAGACAUGGGAGCUGGAGACCAGGGUCUGAUGUUUGGCUACGCUACAGACGAGACAGAGGAGUGCAUGCCUCUCACCAUCGUCCUGGCUCACAAACUCAAUUCCAAGAUGGCCGAACUCAGACGCAACGGAACCAUCCCCUGGCUCCGCCCCGACUCUAAAACACAAGUGAGACUGAGAGAAUUACCAAUGAACUCUCUCUCUCCCUCAUUCUCUCUCUGAGGGGGAGGAGAGAAGUGGUGUAGGGUUGUAUAUAGGCUUCUCAUAGCAGAGAAAGAGAGAAAGGGAAAGAGAUAAAAAGGGAGAGAAUUAAGGAAGAGAGAGAAAGAAAAGUUGAGAGGUUGCCACUAGGAAGUUGUUACCAUGAGACCAUGUGACUGGUCUGUUUAUACCGCUGAGUGGGAAUGAGUUGACCCCUAACCCCUAACCCAAUGUAGUAAGACUAGUCUUGAGUAGAGGAGACCGGCUGUGCUCUCGUCAAUCCCAGCAAAGGGCCAUUAUGAUCUCUAACCCCCUAGUUCCUACCUCUUCUGCUAGUUCCUACCUCUUCUCCUAGCACCUACUCACUUCAACAUUCACAGAUCUGAAAGGACUGGAUAGGUGUCAGUAAUGUGGUGGAAGCUCCACUGAGUUUGCCCUACAAUACAUGUCUAAGGUUCAAGUUGGGAGGAGGGGCAAGGAGCUGAAAUGGAACAGACCAACAUCCAAUGGAUUCCUACCUCAGGCAGCUGUAACCUAAUGGGCAAUUCUCGAGUUCCUGAGAUUCCUAUGAGCGGGAAGUGAAGAGGGAAUGGUCUCCAGUUUAAGGGGUAUUUUUGAGUGGCUGGAAGAGGACUGGCCCAAAAUAGGACCUUGUGAGAGGGGUUACAUUCAGGUAUUGGGGGGGUGAGGGGUCUGAGUUGAACCCCAAAUGCCGUAAAUUGUCAUUUUUUAAGUGAUACAUUUCCUGACGGAUGAGCUCCAAUUGAUUGAAGAAUUGAUUGGUUGAUAAAGCUAUUAAAAAAAAAUAAAAAAAAUCCAUCCAUGUCUGAAGUUCAGUUCAGUUCACCAAGGCCCUCAGAAAACUUUAUUGAUAACAUUGACAGUGUCUUGCCUUCAGGACUGAGAAACACAAAAACAAACACACAUGAUAACACAUCUCAUCUCCUCCUAUCUUCUCCCUCCUCCCCCCAUCUCAUCCCGCUCCUCCCUCAGGUGACGGUACACUAUGAGCAGGAGGACGGGGCAGUGAUCCCUAUGAGGGUCCACACUGUGGUCAUCUCUGUUCAACACGAUGACGUCAUUGGCCUGGAGGAACAGAAGGAGGUGCUCAAGGAGAAAGUACGUAGUAGAUGCUACUGCCAGGAAGAUCAUUUCAAUACUUGCACAACAUAUCUCUAUGUGUGGCUCUGGUGGUGAAUGCAAUGUAAAGCACUUUGACACCUAGUGAAAGGCUCCAUACAAAUGCAAUCUAUUAUUCCCUCCUAUCAGGUGAUCAAGGCAGUGGUUCCAGCUAAGUACCUGGAUGAUAAGACCAUCUACCAUAUUCAGCCCAGUGGACGCUUUGUCAUCGGAGGACCCCAGGUGAAUGUCAUAACCUAAACGGGUGCAAUCACACAUGUAAACAGACACAAGUUCACUCACCUCACCUACACACACACACACACACAUCUCUCCCUCUUCCUCCACUGCCAGGGUGAUGCUGGAGUGACGGGUAGGAAGAUCAUUGUUGAUACGUAUGGAGGCUGGGGGGCCCACGGUGGUGGAGCUUUCUCUGGUAAAGACUUCUCCAAGGUGGACCGCUCGGCUGCCUAUGCUGCCCGCUGGGUGGCCAAGUCCCUGGUUAAGGCCAAACUGUGCAGGAGGGUGCUGGUUCAGGUGAGGUCUUAUCACGGUUCUCCUGGUUCUCCACUUUAUGGGUUCUCCUCCUCAAUAAAUUACCAACUAAAUACAUGAGUUCUCCUGACAGAACUGAUAUCAGCGAAUUACUUUUUACUUUAUAUUGUCAUGAUUGUCAUUACCGCUGUAGAUUUUAUCAGUGGUUUGUGUUAAGUCUCAAACGUUGACAUGAGCAUUGAGGGCAUUCUGUGUGUGUGACUGUAGGUAUCCUAUGCUAUCGGAGUGGCUCACCCUCUGUCCAUCUCCGUGUUCACCUACGGCUCGUCACAAAAGUCAGAGAGAGAGCUGCUGCAGAUCGUAAACAAGAACUUUGACCUACGACCUGGUGUCAUCGUCCGGUAAACACCUCACCUCUGCAGUCACUCCAGCUUGUCAUCAAAGGAAAACUGUUGUUUGUAACACGUAGUCGUAGAUCAUCACACACAUCACUAUUAACCAUAGAGGUCUAUAUCAGAUUUAAGGUCAUAUUAUUAGCUCAAUUAUGGAACCCAUCUUGAGAGCUGCAAACCCCUCUAAUGUUUCAGGUCUCUCAGUUCACGUAAGUCAUGCUUAUCAUGUCAUUGACAGAUUUGUUUGGACUUUUAAGUUACACAAGCAGUGGUAAUGUACAUUUGUGUAGCAACGGUUGUUACAGGUGUGUCUUUCCCACCUCUGAUGUGUAUUUUAUCUCUCUCUCCACAGGGAACUGAACCUGAAGAGGCCAAUCUACCAGAACACAGCGUGCUACGGCCACUUUGGCCGGAGUGAGUUCACCUGGGAAGUCCCCAAGGAUCUCAACUACUAA